AUGUUAUCAGAUAAUACAAACUCAAACUCAAAUUUAGACACUGUUUCACAUUUACAUACAAGCGAUAAUGAUAGCGAUACUACCGAGAUUCAACCAGUCUUGGAUAAAAUUACAUUAAAUGUCGGUGGCAUAAAGUAUGAAACAUUCAGGUCAACUUUGACAGCUUAUCCGACAACUUUACUUGGCUCAUUGUUUCUCUAUGACGACGAUGAAAAUCCUUUGUAUGAUGCUCCUAAUGAAUUUUUUAUCGACAGAGAUGGACAUUUAUUUCAUUAUAUUAUGCAAUUCUAUAGAACUGGUAAAGUUCCAACUAUUGAUCAAGUAGAAUUUCUACUGUUACUUUUUGAUUAG